AGCAAAGUAAGUAUCGCUCCUGUUCCUGUCGAUCAAACACCAAUAAAACAGCGUCGCUGUCGCUUCUAUCGACCCGCAGCGGCUGAAGCAGCCAUGUGUUCAGCUGAGUCUCUGAGAGAGUUCAUACAGGAGAGGCUGGCUGCUGUUUGCCAACAAAUCUUCUGCGAGGUUCAGAAAACCAUCGUCCAGUAUGAGGAGGAGAUCCAGCGUCAGCGCAGACUGCUGGAUAUCAGCCGGAGACCCGACACACACUCACACGGCUCAGAAUUCCAGGAGGAUCCAGAGCCUCCACAGAUGAAAGAGAGACAGGAGGAGGAACCCUGCAGCAGUCCGGAUGGAGAGCAGCUGGGAGUGAAGCUGGAGGCGGACGGUGUCAGAACUGAUGAUGAGUGGCUCAAACUGCUGGCGACCACCUGGAAACCCGAUAUAAAGCUGCACAGAAUAGACGUCCAACAACUACAUGUCUGUGAGGAGGCGGCGGAGGAGGAGGAGCCACUCGCAAACCAGCCAAUCUAUAGCGAGGUGAGGAGCUCCAAUGUAGACCAGGAGGACCCAGACUCUCCACAGAUUAAUGAGGAACAGGAGGAUCUCUGCAGCAGUCAGAAGGGAGAGCAGCUGGGAGUGAAGCUGGAGCCUGAUAUCUUCAUGGUGACUCCUGCUUAUGAGGAAAGUGACCACAGUGAAGCAGAAC